CAUAUGUACAUAAGUGCACCCGGUAAGUGGCCAAUCGUCCCAUAUACUCUCCCAAGUCUUGUCCGUAUACCUAUCUGCAAGAACGCGCUGCUGAUAUGCCUUUGUUCCACUCAUCAAACCCCGAACCUCAGCCUGCCCCGGCCCCGGCCCAGACGGAGGAGCCUCAGCGUAGUCGGAGCCUUUUCUCGCGUCGCGGAAAUAGUCCGGAUGCUGCCCCUUCUGCGAAUGGCUCCACGACCGGUACCGCUAGUACCAAGUCUAAUGGUGGCUUCUUCAGCCGCCGCCGUUCGUCGUCCUCUGAUGACCUGAACGAUAUCAAGCACGAGCCUUCCGUCGUCACAGCGCGCCAGAGAGUGGCUGACGCAGAGGCGGCUGAGCGCGAGGCCGACAGGGCUCUCAUACAGGCACGCGCGGCUGUGCGCGGUGCCAGGGAGCACGUCAGAUUGCUUGAACAGGAGGCUAUUGAAGAGUGGGUCGCUAUCCCUCUCCGCUAUCCUUGCGGCCUGGCGAUCAAAUGAUACUAAUAUUUCCUUUUGCAGAGCCAAACGUGCGAAGGCCAAACAGGCCGAGGCCAAAUCGAUUGGCAAGGGCGCGAAGGCUCUCGGCAGGCAUGGCUGAGUGUCCGCAACAGUGAUUGC